GCCCCUUUCCGCUGCCCUAGUCGGGUUUGACCUACAGCUGCCGAAGAGAAGAUGGCGGCCCCCGCCGUGUCCGGGCUCAGCCGACAGGUGCGAAGCUUCAGCACAUCAGUGGCCCGGCCGUUUGCCAAGCUGGUGAGGCCCCCCGUGCAGGUGUAUGGUGUGGAAGGCCGCUACGCCACCGCUCUCUAUUCUGCCGCAUCCAAACAGAAUAAACUGGAGCAAGUAGAGAAGGAGCUGCUGCGAGUCUCCCAACUCCUCAAGGAGCCCAAGUUGGCUGCUUCCAUUCUGAAUCCCUACGUCAAGCGCUCAGUCAAGGUGAAGAGCCUCAAUGACAUCACCACAAAGGAGAGGUUUUCUCCACUCACAGCCAACCUCAUGAAUGUGCUUGCUGAGAAUGGCCGCUUGACCAACGCCCAGGGAGUCAUCUCUGCCUUUUCCACCAUGAUGAGCGUCCACCGUGGAGAAGUCCCCUGCACAGUGACCACCGCGUCUCCGCUAGAUGAAGCCACAGUGUCAGAACUGAGGACCGUGCUGAAGAGCUUCCUGAGCCAGGGCCAGGUGUUGAAGCUGGAGGUCAAGACGGACCCGUCCAUCAUGGGGGGCAUGAUUGUCCGCAUCGGAGAGAAGUACGUCGAUAUGUCCGCCAAGACCAAGAUCCAGAAGCUGAGCAAGGCCAUGCGCGAAAUGAUCUGAGCGGCUGCUGUUCUGUCCAGGGAGGUCCUGAGGCCUGGAGCAACAAUAAAUGCUUCCCAACAGAA